CUCUCUUGUCGGUGGGCGUUGCCCAGGAAGCAGCCAUGCGGAGAUUUUUCAGCCAGGUCGGCCUCAAGAGCAGCGACGGCGAGGAGCAGCGGGAAGGGCCCGAAACCAACGGUCCGGAUGCAGACGCUGCGGAUGUGAUGGGGUCCUUCGCCUCCCCGAAGCGGCUGGGCCAUCAUGGUUCGAUCAGCGACGCGUGUGUCUUGUCCUACGAACCAACCAACCCUCCCUACAGCAGUCAAUUGGGAAGACCUUCCAUGCAUUCUCGCUGCCAAUCGGAACUGCUGCUGUUGUUUUGCACGCGCGCCCAGGGACUGAUGGCCGUCGCCUCCUGCGGAGGUCUGGUCAAAGUGUUCGGCGGGCCGGGGGUGGAGCUGGUCCUCGAGGAGGAGGGGGCAUCCGUCGCCGGCGAGGACCCACCGUCCCACCUGCUCUUCGCGACGCCGAGCCUCCUCGUGGGGGUGACAGCAACGGGUGCUGUGUUGGUGUGGGACCUCGCGGCAGGAGGCCGCGGCGGUAGCAUCCCCUCCCCGCCGGACCCCGUCACGGGCCUCGACGAGCGCGUCACGUCCGUUCACGCGCACGGCGGCGGCGACGGCGGCGGCCCCGCCUCCGACGCUCACAAGGAGCGGUACGUAUUCCUGGGCUUCGAGAGCGGUCGCGUUCGCGUCGCGCAAGUUUUCCCUGUGUGUCGCGAGUCCGGCUACACCGUGGAGCCUCAGAACACGAGCCACGGAGCACCCGAUGAGCUGCUGCAAGCGCCCGGCAAGAGUCUUGGGGCCGUCACCGCCAUCGCAUCUUUCGGAGAUCGGGACGGCUGCGGUGGGUUUGGCAUUUUUGGACACCGGUGCGGCGGAAUCGUGGUCUGGGAUUGGGUCCGCCGGAAGCGACUCGCGCUCCGGAGCCUGGGCAAGUCGCAAGGCAAGAAGGAGGACGACGACGACGACUACGAGGAGGAGAACUUCGAGGACCAGAAAGGUCACGAGGUGACGAGCCUGGCGUUGCACCCUUCCGGCGAGGCGUUCGCGGCCGGGUUCGCGGCCGGCUGCUACGCGGUCUUCUCCGUCUCCUCGUCACCCUCGCACGAGGCCGACCUGCCACGGUGGGUGCGCGAGGUCGGGGACGACGGCUCGUGCCCGAGGGAAGGGCCGACCAUCGUGCGAACGGCGGUCUCCCUGGUGCAGUGGGUGCGCGUGCGCGGGGCCGGGGUCGGCCGGACGUCGGGGCUUGUCGUGGCAGGCGGCGUCGAGAUCGAGGAGGGCGAGGAGCCCGACGGGGUAAGCCUGCUGGUGCUGUCAACUGAGGCUGUCGGCGCGCGUGGCGGCGGCGGCGGCGGGAGGGCCUUGAAGAAGAAGGACGUCGUCACGGCGGCGAAGGCCGCGCUCGAGACCGCUGUUUUCGUGCCCUUCGCUAUGGGACAAGAGAGGCUGUCCCACGUACAUUGUGUGCUCUCGGGUGCAGGGGCGCCGACACAAGAGCCUCAUUGGGCAGGAACGAGGUCUUCCGGCGACCUGUCUGAGGACGCGAGCGUCGACGGCAAGGAUGAGCCAGAACCAGCAGCGGCGCAGGAGGACGAGGUCGAGGUAGUCGAGGAGCUGGUCGUCCUCGGGCUGGUGAAGUGGAACGAGGAAUUUCUAGGCGACGACGGAAGGCUGCACUUUAGGCUCGCUUCGUCCAUCCAGGCCUGCCCGAUCCGGACGAGCCCCUACGUGGCUCUGCUGCAGCUGGCGCCGGAGAGGUUCGGACCGCACCUCUCGGGGUUUGCGACGGUCACGGCGGUCGCGUGUACGCCGCUCCUGUCCUCGUCCACGAUCCUCGACUUCAUGACGUGCUUGGGGGCCGAACAGGCGGAGGAGGAGGGUCAAAACGGCUCGCAGACCACGGCGCCCCCCCUCCUGCGAGGCGGUUACCUCCGAUGGCCCGACAGUGUCCCUUCCCGCAGGCGCGACGAAGCCCUGGGCACCAGCGAGCUCCUCGUCGCGGGCCACUCGGACGGGUCGCUCAGCUUCUGGGAGUGCUGCGGACCGGCAUCGAGGCAGGACGCGGUCUGCCUCUCGGAGGGCAGGGUGGUCAUGCGCGAGGUCCCCUCGGGGGCCGUCCUGCUGGGCUCCGUGCCGGCCGCCGGUUUGGGGUCCCCCGAAGAGGGCGCGGGAAACGCCGCCGUGACCGCGCUCGACGUGUGGGUUGAGCGCGACCACGUCGCGGCGGCGGUGCCGGCGGGGCGCAACGCUUGCUGGGUGGCGGUCGGCCUCGAGAGCGGGGACGCCAGGGUGAUCGUUUUGUCCAACAGGAUGGAAGCCGGGAGCAGCAGCCCAGAUUUUCCAUGCGGUAGCGGCGGUAGCAGUAAGGCAAGGUCGGGGGGGGGCACGCCACUGGCAGAGAAACCCGUAGAGGUUUCUGACGUGAAGCUGGGCGAUGACGGAACGACCGGCGAUGCUUCGGCGAAAGGCAGCAGCGGCGGCGGUCGACUGUUGAAACGGUUCUUGAAGCGCGGAGCGGGGCAGCAGCCGUCUCUCGGGGACGAGGAGGGCGCAAUGGAAGACACCGAGCUGGAAGCGGCUAUCGCGCAGGCACGGGCAGAAGCGCGCGCGAUUGUGGCGCUCGAGGAAUCGAGGGAAGGGGCUCCGGGGAAUGCUGAAACGGCAGAACCUCGAGGGGCGGCGGUUGACGAUGCGCGAAAACGCGAAUCCGUUGGGGGGGAAGGGGAGGCGCAGGAGACCGACGAUCAAGGAGAGAGCGAUCAUCUUCGGCAAGAGCUUUCGGAGGCCAUGGCCGACGAGGGCGCGUGGAGCGGAUCCGUCAUGCCACCUUCGCCCAAACGACCGCCUACGAAGCACACCCCGGAGGCAGAGACCGGAGAAGAAGAGAAGCUCCCCCUGGACGAACCCCCGAAAGCCUCACUGAUACAGCUCGCGCUCAGGCUGCACAGCCACGCGGUUCGGUGCGUCGCCCUGUCGUUCGACGCGCGGGGGUCGGCCCUGGCUCUCGUCGUAGCGGAUGAGGCGGGCGUCGUCUCCGUGACGGAUGUCUCCACCGGCUCCGCCUCGCUUCUGCCCAUGCGGGUCCCGCAGUCCAGACCCUGCCGUCCGAGCGUCACGAUCGGCCCUAUGCCAAGUGCCCUUUCGGGGGGGGCAGCCCCAAAACCCGGCGCUUCCGGGGCACUAUUUGUCUUACUGGAGGGGUGGCUCAACGUCUUCGACCUUGCAUCCAGGGACCCCGUCGAUUUUGUUCAGGUACCUGGGCUUGCGCCGCCGAGUGACGAUAGCCAUAAUAGCGGCGGUGGCGGCGGCGGCGGCAGAGCCGGUAUUCGGGAAGAUGAUUUCGCCGGGUCCGCAGGGAGAACAAGGAGUCGUGAGCGGGGCGAAGAAACCCCCUGGCUUGCCUGCGUGGACAACCGCGGCCUGCCGCUCCUGCCGUACGCGUCGGAACCGUUCAGCUCUUCCUUUAGCCCCCCGCCACGAGAGGAUGAUGCCAGCACGGACGCCGACGGCGGGAAAAUCGACCCAGAAGAUGCCCCCGUUCACUCGCACACCAUUUGGGUCUCUCCCGUGCCCUCGCGCACCGCGCUCGACGACUACCACGAGCACGAACUGCAGGUUCUCAGCGACACACCGCCGCCGGAACCGUUGUUAUUGGUAGUACGCGGGGCGACGGCAGUCGUCCUCGCUAUCUCCCGGAGGGACGCCGAUGGCGUUACGUCAUCAGUGUUUGCCCGGCGGGGCUCGGUCUCUCCCGACGCGGCGACUUUCAAGGGAAGGUCGGGCGCCGAGCUGGUUGUGCGGUCUCGGGGGACGUUGCCGCCGGCCGGGAGAAGCGCGGUGCCGCCGACGAUCGACGGCGUCGGUGUCUGCAUGGUGGCGGCGGCGGGGGGGAGAGGGCUAGAACGUGAGGCGGGGCGACGCGGGUGCCUCAUCGCUGCCGACUCUUCUGGUUUCGUGACGGCGGCGACGAUGCCGAAUUGCGAAGAGGCGCGCCGUCGCUGGCGCAGAAGUCCGUGUGCAAUUUCGUCGGGGAGCUCACGCUCCAAGGGAUGGCAGGGGUGA